AUGGGAAAGAAGCUUGAUGCUCUGUUAGGAAGAAAAUUCAAGACCACAAAACUUAAAGCCACUGUCAACCUUGCCAUUUCUCGACUUUCCGUCCUCAAGAACCAGCGUCAGACCCGCUGCUCCCUGGCCAGGUCUGACGUUCUUCAACUCCUCAACCUUGGCCACCAUGAAAGAGCUCUCCUACGGGUUGAACAAGUGAUCAAGGAGCAGAACAUGGUAGAUGUGUUUGUUAUGGUAGAAGGCUAUUGUCUAGUGUUGAUAGAGAGGGUCAACCUUAUUGAACACGAAAAGGUUUGUCCUGAUGAAUUGAAGGAGGCUAUAUCAAGCUUGAUUUAUGCAUCCACGAGAUGUGGGGAGUUCCCAGAGCUUCCAAAGAUUCGGGCGAUUUUCACUUCUCGUUUUGGAAAGGAAUUUGCAACCCGUGCAAUUGAAUUACGCAACAAUUGUGGAGUGAAUCCUAAGAUGAUACAGAAAUUGUCAACCAGAACGCCAAGCUUGGAGAACAGAUUGAAGGUGCUCAAUGAAAUUGCUUCUGAGAACAACAUCGUUCUGCAAAUUGAGGAAGUUUCUCCAGUAACCACAGAGUUGCUGGAGAAAUCAGACACAGAACAGAAGCAGGAUCAGCCUAAGUUAGACCCAUCAACUCAUUCUAUCAGUGCUAAACUCGACGACAAUUUACCAAUAUCUCCUGAAGAGCUUGUAAGAGUUGAUGGUUUCUCAAAUUCAAUGGAAGCGAGAAAAAAGUUCAGGGAUGUAGCUGAUGCUGCUCAAGCAGCAUUUGAAUCAGCAGCUUAUGCAGCAGCAGCCGCAAGAGCAGCUGUGGAACUCUCUCGGUCUCGAUCACAUGAUCCUGAUGAUUCCCAUAGUCCCAAUACGCUGCAAAGGAAAGGAGCCAGCAUCUAUCAGCCAAUGAAAUCUAAGCUUCAGAUUGGUGAGGAAGUCGGUGACAUAAGUGUUGGAUUAGGAUUUGAAAAAAAAUACCCUAUUCCAAACUUUUUAUCUGAAUCUGAAGAUGAAGAAAUGUAUAACAAAAAUAAGUCUGAAAAAGCCAACCAUGGUAAAAGAGAACUGCAGUUCAAGAGAUCCAUUUCUUCGUCAGGUUCAGAUUCAGCAGAUAACAUUUUGAAGGGCUCUAAAUUGCCUUCGGACUUAGAGGGGCAGAGCAAGGCGUUUGGGAGGACAACAGGUUUUGAUGAGAGUGACGACGAGACAGAAAAUGAACAACCCAGAAUCCUAUUAUCAAGGACCCAUGACUUGGGUUUUGGAAUAAAGCAUGCUUCUGCGACUGAAGUUUUGAGUUCUGAAGAAUCCAGUACUAUUAAGCACGAAAAGAACUUUCCUUUAAGAUCCCAAGCCGGCCUGGAGGAGGAACCAGUGCCUGGAGACCCCAAGCAACAUGUUGCUCAAGGGUCCAGGAUACAUAGUGCAGAGCCUUUAAAUGCAGAGAACAGGCCAGUCUCUGUGAGAACCAGACGCACACAAAGGCAGUGA